AAAAUCAUUUCAUUUUUUAAAGUCCCCCAAAAUGUAGGCACCAUUUGGGGCUAUUUCGACGAGUCCUGCCUGAAUUUGCAGGCAUGGUCGUCUAGGAGCCGAGCAUAUUCCCCCAAUUUUAUUUUGUAGGAACGAAAGGCGUGGAUCAUGGCUGCUUCUUCGGGCCCGAGAGUUGAAUCUUGUCGUGUUGGUGCUCGCUUUAUUCUUGUUUUUGUUCUGUUGACAGCUGCUUAUGGAUUGGAUCAGGAAUCAUUAGGUUUGGAUGAUGAAGAUACCCGCUCAAAUGAGUCGGACAGUGUUCUGGAUAGGCGGAGUAAGAUAUCUUUGCGCUCUAUUAGGAAAGAUUCCACAGGUGGAAUUGACGAAGCAUCUGUCUAUGUAAAUGCUGGUCUUGAAGGCCUUUCGGGACAAUUUGGCCUUGGAAUCUUUGAUGCAUUUUUCACCAGUUUGUCAAUGAUCCUUGUUAGUGAGAUUGGGGAUGAGACAUUUAUAAUAGCUGCUCUUUUGGCAAUGCGUCAUCCAAAAUCUAUCGUUUUGUCUGGUGCACUCACGGCCCUUAUUGUGAUGACAGUGCUUUCAACUGGACUAGGUAGGAUAGUUCCGAACUUGAUAUCAAGGAAGCAUACGAAUAGUGCAGCAACAGUUCUAUAUGCCUUUUUUGGUCUACGUUUGCUUUACAUUGCCUGGAGAUCAGAUUCAAAGACGUCUCAGAAAAAAGAAAUGGAAGAAGUUGAAGAAAAACUAGAAACAGGACAAGGAAAAACCGCAUUUCGUCGCUUCUUCUCAAGGUUUUGUACACCGAUUUUUUUAGAGUCAUUUAUCCUUACCUUUCUAGCUGAAUGGGGUGAUCGUAGUCAAAUAGCAACCAUUGCUCUUGCAACUCACAAAAAUGCGAUUGGGGUUGCUGUGGGAGCAACAUUGGGCCACACCAUUUGCACUUCUGUGGCGGUUGUUGGGGGAAGUAUGCUGGCUUCAAAAAUCUCCCAAGGAACGGUCGCUACCAUUGGAGGCCUUCUCUUUCUCUGCUUCUCUCUAUCCUCUUACUUUUACCCUCCUUUGUGAUUUUAGGAAUUCGUUUUCUAUUCUUUUUGUUGCAGCAUGCAGAAGGGCUUCCUUUAAUUUGCUCACUCAGAAAAUUCAAGUUAAAACAGUGAUUUUAGCUCUGAUGGUUGACAGGAGCUGAUUUUGGGGGUCUAAUUUUGUAUAAUAUAGUCAUAGAAGUUGAAUGCGCUUGUAUUAAAUGCAUUAAGCAUCAAAGGAAAGUAUAGAUAUAAUUCAAAUUUA